CUGUCCAACGGUGCGGAGGACAAAAACGCAGAAAAAUUUAAACACAAUUUGCGCAAAGCAUCGGUUUUCUUAGAAAAUAAAAGGGAACAAUUGCUUAUUUUUUCUUAGGACUUCAAACGUUUUUAUUUCCUUUAAGCUUUUAGCAAAAUUUUUCAGCGCCAGAGUUCAAAUUGAAAAUUAAACGUGUUGACGUUACGAGAUAAAGCGUGCGGAAAAAUACAAAAAAGAAAACAAAAACAAAAAGAUAUUAAUAAGUUGUGGAAAAUAUGUGAUAAUUAAAUAGGCGCAGCUGAUCGUAGCUCUCGCGAGGCGAAAGGUGAUUCUUUAUAUAUUGCAAGUGUGUGAAAGUUUUGCACAAAAAUAUAGUACGCGUUGUUUUUAGAUUUUUUUCCAAAUGCUGCUAAAUAAAUACUGCUGCUUUGCUAUUUCCAACAUUUCCUCCACCACCAGCGUCCCCAUUUUUAUACAUGGAAAAGUGUACACCAGCUGACCAUUCGACUGUUUGUAUCAAUCCAAGACGCGAUUAGAAUGCAAUAUUUAAAUAUGGACGUGUUUGAAUAAAAAUAAAAUAUAUACAUAUAUUUGUAUGUAUGUAUAUUUUCAUUUAAUCACUUAAUAGAUUUCAACAAUAAAUGAAAUAUAAUAUAAAUUUGCGCUGCAACAAUACUAAACGCGUUAACAUAUGUCGGGUUCGACAAUAGCUGCUAGCUUUUAACGUUGACGCCUGAGAGUCGGGCAGAGAGCAGAAUCGAGAGCAAAAAAUGAGCAGCAGGAGAAAGCAGCUAAGCAGAUAUAUGUAUAUUUGUUGACGUAAAUGUAAAUGUGAAAAUACAUAUACAUAUAUACACGCAUAAGUAGAUAUGUAUGUGCAUUGAGAAAAAGGAAGAAACAGUAAAAAGCCAAAGGCAAUCGGACAACGAUGAAAGCCACCAUACAACAAAGCAACAAACACCCCACCAACACAAACAAAUUACGAGAGAUUUCAAAUUAAAAACAAAAAAACUAAAAACACAAACAAAAAGCAGAAAACAAGAAACAAAUUGUAGUAAUAAGUAACAGAAAAUACUGAACUUACAACAAACACAAUUUACGAGCGCAAUGCACCACCGACGAAAUGUAUUGAAAUAGACGAGCAACAUGUUGAUAAGCGAAAGUUCCUAAGCAACUUUUUAGGCAUAAGAACAAGUAAUGCAAGUAAAGCAACAAAUAGCACACUCGAACACAGACACACAGUAUUACAAAUAAACAUAGCGCAUAGAAAAAUAAACAAAUAACAAGUGGCAUGCACGCGACGCUAAUGUUGGCAACAUGUUGCAUGCGGACAAAUGAAAAAUGCAAGCAUUGAGGGCCGAGGCAUACUUCGGUUUAAAAGCAAAAACAAAUGCGAUAGCAAAUAAAAACAACGCGAAAAGUAUGGCACGAGAUUUUCUUCUGAUUAGAGUAAAGAAAGUAGAAGAAAAACAAAAUAGAAAUUGAAAGAAAAGCGCACUUCGAUUAAUUAUCAAAAAAAAAAAAAACAUAUGCAACUAAAUAAAACAAACUGCAUAUAACGGUACAACUUUAAUAGCAAAAAUAUGCUAAUAAAUUAGUAAACAAGUAUGUGAAUAAAAAGCAGCUGCAGCGCACGAAGAUCUGUUAAUUAUAAGCAAGUGAAUGCGAGCGUGUGAAUUCAAUAAAGUAAGCCCUCCAAUAGUCGAACUACUAGAACUUUAAAACAACAACAAAAAAUUAUAAAAAUUCAAUAAGCAAAGUGUAACGAAAAACCAAAUUAGCAAAAAUACAAAGCAACAGUUAAAAUAAAUUUAAAAAGUAAACAAACCAAUCCGAGGAGUUACAUAACGACAAAUGUAAGAAUAAAAAAUAAAACCAAAACCAAAACAAAACAAGCAAAACAAACAAUUAUUGCACCAGUGUAAAAUAGAACACGUUAAAACAACAAUAGCCACAACAAAAUUAUAAACACACCCGGAAAUGUGUUUAUAAACAAAUAUUAAUGGUUUUUAGCUGUGAUAUAACGUCUAGAGAUAAUUUGAAACGAUGGACUUGGCGACCGUACCACCGGAGCUUGAAGAGCUCCUCAUCUGCAGCUGCUGCCAUCUGCCCUUCAACGAUAACGAUGCCCUGCCCAAGCUGUUCACGUGUCGUCACUACUUCUGCCUCAAAUGUGUCAAUUCAUUGCUGCGCGAGGGUAGCGAUGAACUCUACUGUGUACACUGUUGGAAACGCACCGAACUACAAGGACCCGAGCCACGCACCGACAGUCUACCCACCUACAAUGCGAUUUUGUAUCUCACUCAGAAUUUGACUUCGCUUAGUUUGAAAAUGAAAACCGGCGAACGUGAUCAUCAGCAACGUUCCUCGUCGAUUGCUUCGAAUGGAUCAACUGGUGCGCUCAGCGGGAGUGGCGCACUCAAUAGCAGUGCCAAUAAUAACAACAACAGCAACAACGACGGCAGCAAUAGCAAUAUUAGUAGUAUUGGUGUUGGUGUUGGCAACAGCAACAACAACAGCGUUGAUAAAUUAAAAAUGACCGAAAACUGCAUGACCCAUGCCAUGCCGAACACACUGUGGUGCAGCGUUUGCAAUAUGUUGCUAUGUCGUGCCUGUGCCGCUACUGAAGAGCACCGCUCACAUUUGGUGAAGAACAAAAUCGAGGCUAAAGAAUCACUACGUACGGACAUAUCAAACGAACUGCUCGGCAUGCAGAAGACGCUUAACGAUGUACAACAUCUAGUUUUGAAGCAACGCGAUUUUCUGCUCAAAAUAUUAGAAAGUUGCACCACGCUCAAGACGCAAAUCGAGACGGAGCUGAUCAAUCAUAUGCCCACUCUAGAGAUUUCCGAAAUACGUGACAAUUUGUGUAAGGCGCGUUUGUGUCUCGAAAUGCUGGACAAGCAAACGCCUGCCGAGGCAAUGAAACUCUAUACAACGCUGCAUGGCGAGAAGCAGCGUCUUAUGGCCAAGUAUCAGGAAAUGUUUUUGCAAUGUAAGCUAGACGAUAUGAUUCGCAAUUGCGGUUAUGUUUUCGAUUUUGACCUUAUCAAGCAGGCGCUCGUGCAAAUGCACAAUUGCGUGCUCAAUGGCGGCAAUUUGGAUAAUUUUGGUGUGGGCUCAGUGAUUGGGGGUCUGAAUGGCAUUACUGGCACGCAUCAUCAGAAUCCAGUUUUGCUUUUGGCCAACUAUUGCAUAUCGCAAUUGUACUCCCGUCAUAUGUUGGUGCUGAAGCAGCAGCAGCAGCAACAGCAGCAUCAACAACAACAGCAGCAACAGCAUGCGCAACAGCAGCAGCAUCAACAGCAACAGCAGCAUUUGCUAUCAAAUGGUCUGCUCACGUCCAUGAUUUCACAUGUAAGCCUCGCCAAUUCGAUCAACGGCAAUAUUCCUACUUCGAAUGCCAAUUUUACACACGCAACAUACGCACAGGCACUGCAGCAGAACCAACCGGCGAGCAAUAGUGUUUCGCAGCAACAGCAGCAACAACAACAACAGCUACAAGCAAACAAUCCCUCUUCGCCGGUGCACAAGACUUACGCCGACAUCAUUGCGCUCUCCAACAAAUCCACUACGAAUUUGCAAAAUGCUCAACAACAACAACAAUUGCUACAGCAACAACAAUCCACGGGUAGUAGCUUUUCGGAAAUUGCACCUAUUGGCACACCAGCCACCACAUCCUCCACUUCGGUAGUCGUUGGCGCACAACGCAAUGCCACAUCACAUCUUUUUUCUAGCAAUGACCUCAACGGUUUAGGUUUAAGCCUCUUGCAUCUACAGCAGCAAACUGCUUCCAAUGCACAGCAACAACAAUCGAAAUCAACAUUGUUACUCAAUCCCAGCGUACACGUCUACCCAAUUUAUUACUUUAACAUCGAGAUUAACGGUCAGCAUUCGGGACGUAUUCUUAUAGAAGUGCGCAGUGAUGUAGCACCGAAAAUGGCUAAGAAUUUCAAUGCACUUGCCACGCAGGAGCUCGGUUACGGUUAUAAGGGUUGUCACAUUUUCCAAUGUUGGGAAAAUGAAAGUAUUAUUACGGGCGAUUUUGAAUUGAAUAAUGGACGUGGCGGACGUUCUGUAUACGAUGAGGGCUUCUUUAUGCCAGAUGAUACUAAAAUAUUAGCCAUACGCGGUUCGGUUGGCAUGCGACGCAGUCAGAAGCGUCAUGAUAACUUAGGACUUGUAGGUUCACAGUUCCGUAUAAUUUUAAGAGAAAUGCGUGGAUUUACCGGAAUUUUUGCAUUUGUAGUUGAAGGCUUGGAUUUGGUAGAGAAGAUAUCACAAACGGGUGAUGCAACGGGCAAGCCCCAAAGUAGCGUUGUUAUUGUUAGUUGUGGCAAAUAUCAAUUAGGUUAGAUGAAAUGGAAGCGUUUGGAGAUGUAUGGCUUCUAAAAACACAAAACAAAAAAACGAAUAGAGAUCGGAACGGUACGUCGAAGUUGAAAUCAUUUAAUUUUGGGAUGAGAAAAUAUUUGAGAUGAAGGUUAGAUGAUAGUUUUUGGCAAGGAGUACGGCUUUUGCAGACUGUAGGCGUGGUAAGGAGAUGUGAGUAUCUCCUUGAAGAGUGUUAAGUAGUAAGUUGGUGCAAAAAAAAUAAUUUCUCCAUUAUUGAAAAAAUUUUAUUAUAACUAAUAUAUAAAAAAGUUGUUCUAGAGAGUAAAUAAUUUUCAGAAAACAAAAUUAUUAUUUUUUCUUCACGGUGCUCAGUGUUUCGACUAUUUGAAGUCAAAAGGAAAAAAAUCAAUAUCAACCGAAAAGCACAGGCCCUCCAAUAAAGAAUAGCCAUUGAAUUUAGUUAAGAAAAAGUUUCGACUCAUGCUGGCAUAUAAAUAUCUUUAUUGGUUAAGGUUGGAUAAAAAAAUUUAAUAUUGCUUUUCAGCCUUUGCUUUGCACUAUCACAAAAUUUAGAGUUUUACUUUUCGUAGGUGUAAAUAUUUUAAUUUCUCUGAGUUUUAAGGAGAUUUUUCCAUUGUCCGAAAAAUUCUUUUCGAGAAUUUACGCAAAAAGAAGUUAAAAAAUCGAAAAUUACAUAUAUCUGCAAAGUCGCCCGAAAAUAUCGAAUUAUAAAGUCAUAAGUUCUCUAAAAAAAUUCUCUACAUCAAAUUCUCUAAAACAUGCACCUACUUUCAAUAUCUUGCGAAUCCGUACAAAUAUUUGUUUACUAAUAAGCCAAAGCAUCUACAUUUCCGAAUGUAUUUUUUUUUAUAGAAAAAUUCUACACAAAUCAUAAAUACUUCGACGUCAUAAAUCUAUCACACUUGUAGAAUAAUUUCGAAUUAAAAAAAUAACACUUGGUUUUUAAAGGUUCACAACCAAACGCAAUUAAACUGAUUAGUCGAUGUCGCGGCGACUUUGCUGUUUCUCAAAAAAAAAAUUCGUUGAGAGGGCGACUUUACGACUUUUACUUUCCUCUCUCUAAGUUGAACAAUUAUUUUCUAUCACUAUGACUACCAUCGCUCUGACUUUUUUCCAUCUACAUAACUUUUUAUAGUCGAAACAUUGUGAGGCUAUCGUUACACGUAAAAUACAUAUGUUAACGAGCAUAGGCCAACAUGGAUUCUUUCUUGGUUUUUUUUUUUUGUUACGAGAGACUAGAUUUCACUGGAUUUUUGUGCGCUUAGCACAAUUCUGAGAUGCCAAAAAUGCUCAGACGUCAUGGUUUUAAAAAAAGUGUCGAAACAAUCUUAUAAAAAAUGUUUUAGAGGGUUUUCGCUCAUAUUAUUCGCAAAAUCUGGGCUCCUAGAGGCCUCAAACUCUACUCUAAUUGCAUCCUACACCAAAGCAACCAUACAUGCAACUUACAAAAAACAAACAAAAAACCAGUUUUUCAUUAAGCGGCAUUAACCCUUUAAGGACCAGGGAUUGCGCUCAAAUCGUCAAUUAUAAAACUACAGGCAACUCAUACAAAAUAAUACUCGGGUGUUUUUAGAAUCGCUGAUUCGAUGGCAGUUUUGUUAAGAUUCAAAAUGGCGUAUCCGAGAUGGCGGACGCAAAAUCAAGAAGUUCAGCUAAACUCAGCAAAUUGAAGAUGAAAAAAAUACUUCGCAUACUAAUCUCAUUAAAAAAAACCGAAAAGAGCAUCACCAAAUUGAAGAUGAGAGGGUUUUGGCGUCGUUAAUUAUGAAUCUGGUGUUAAUCUUUCAAAAUUCCAUCUAAGUUGGCGUACGUGAAAUACAAAUGUAUGGUAUUUACCGGCAAUUUUCUCUUAACUAUGAAUCAUGAGUAACGCACAAAACAUACAUGGAACACUAGUCUCAUAAAAAAAAAAAUAGAAAAGUACGAGAAAAAGAAUUCAGUGGAGUUUGCAGACUUUUGACAUUAAUGCGUUAUUAGACCGACUGGGCUGACUUGAUUAACAUUCGGAUGUUUUUUUAUCGAUACGAAAAGACAGAAUACCAUGCGUAAAAAAUCUUUUAAUUUUCGACACAUCCAUGCUUCUGGCAUAGCUUAGAUUAGGUUGACGUGGUUGGCUUGCAGUCACGCAUUGACCGGUUCGGGCCUUAGAUAUACCUGAUGGAGUUCAUUGGUUAUGCAUAUUAAAAUAGUUCACCCGCAUGGUGUCUGUUUCUAUUGCGAAUUGCGAAGGAGGCAUUUCCAACCCACUGCUGGUAUGUCUUCGAAUUCGUCAACCUGUGGAGCCUCAAAUAUUUGAAGCGUGUUUUGAAUAGCAAUGCUGCAAUGCUUCUGACGUAAGGUGGAUAGUAUGUUUUACUUUUACACACUCUCAUACUGAAAAAAGAGAUUGCUUUCACUAUAAAAGCAUCAGAAUUUCAGUAGUCAAACUUUUUGCUUCACCAGAUGAGCGAAUUUCAAUUUCUUCUUACUCAUGCAACGCCUAUGCUCGUGAUAUCUGAGCAUUUUUAAUUUUUUUAAGCUUCUUUCUGCACUCAUCUUAAGCCGUAAUAGUUUGUCGUCUUCGGUGACCUCAGGGAAUUCUCCAUUUAAAAUUUCUGUAGAACAUUUCAAGUCUCUAAUUGCAAUGUUUAAUUAAUUAAUAAAUAAAUAAUUAAACUUUCAUAUAAAUUCUUUAAAAAGAGAGUCAAAACGACCCACCAGUUAGAAGUUAGAGGGUUAAAGUGUGCUGCCAAAAAAUUCUACCUAAAUUUUUAUUAUAGGUCACUGACGAUAGUAAUGGCAUUUGAACUCGACUUAUGCGUUAUAUUUCAAGUGAAUUAAAGGCGUUUAUGGUAUGUCCAAAAAAAAAGUUAUACUUUAAUGUAUAGUAAAAAAAUUUCGGAAGAACAAGAGCGCGAGUUGAUCCAAAUGCGGUCAAAUUGUGAUGAAAUGGAGCCAGGUGCUCCUGGCGUUUGACUACUACGCAUGAGUACCAAGGUCUCUAAUUGGUCUGAUCGAGAACCCAGACAACAUCCAAAAAAUUGUUCCCACAGUGGUACAUCUCAAUUGUUCUAUUGCCACGUAAUUUUUUUUUUUUUUUCUACUGCACACUUUUUUAUUUGUGUGUGAUGGAAUUCAACUAAGGCGUAUAGUGAGCUGGCUUGACAGGUGACGCUACUUUUUUCUAGAUAUAGUUCGUAAUAAAAUAUAAAUAAUUUAUUCAAAUAUAUAAAAACAGUUUGGUUAAUUACAAAUUGCUAUACGUGAAGAAUUUAUAUAUCUUUCAAAAAUUUAUAUGAAAAGCAAAAUCGAAUUUCGUACCAAAGCAACAACAGAGAUUGUGAAAUGAAAAACUAAAGAGAAUUUUGCAAGGCUUCAGGUUUAGAUAUAAGCAGCCAAUUAGUAGGCAGAAAAAGUGGCCCACAGUUGAAGAUUAUACAUACAUAUGCAUAUCUUUGUGUGUGUGUAACAUGUAAAUAAACUCAAGUUGGAAUGAAUCUUCCUGCUGUUAGAAGGCUAUUUCUGCGAUUAGCAAAUAGCGCCAAAGCUAAUAUAUGUACGUAUUAUUAGUAUAGGGAAUUAGGUACUGCGACCUGGAAGAUCUAUUGUGCGCCCUAAUGUAUGUAAUAAUCCAUAUAUCGAAAAUGUUAGAAAACUCGAAAACAACUCUUUGAAUCACUUUUUACUUGUUUUUUUUGUUUUUCGUAAGAAUAUGACAAAUAUUGUUGCAUAGAAAACUAUAAACAGGAACAACAAGAAAAUAUAUUCAUAGGAAGUUUCAUUUUAGACUAAUUUUAAGCAACUAAACGAUAUGACUUGAAUACAUAAUUUGUCACCGAAACAUACAAACAAGAACAAAGUGAAAACAUCUAGGGAAUUUCUACUCAUGGAGUAGUAAGCGUCAUUUUAGCACUUUUGUAGAGCGACAAAAAAAUAAAAACAAAAACUGGAACUAAAACAAAAUAAAUAAACCUAUGAAACUAUGCGAUGAAUAGUUAAAUUAUACGGAGAAUCCACGAAAACUUACAUACCUACAUAGAUUUACUUAGAGGUUGAAGAUUAGCCGAUUAACGAAACAAAAGUAUAUAAAAAAAUCAUAUAUAUAGAUAAACUGAGCCAACAACGCUAUUGAGGAACUAAGCCUAAAACAUAAAAUUAUCGUUUUAAGCAGUGAAGCGAAAGUAAAAAUAAAAUAAAAAACAAAUAUAUAUAUACAAACAACUAUAUAGUUAUUUAUAUAAAUAUUAUCUCGAUGUGUAGCUUUCGAAUGUUAAUAUAAAAUUGAACCAAAUAUAUAUUAGACAGACUCAAUUAAAAACGUACAUGCAUAUAUAUUUAGUAGAAAGAACAAGAAAAGAACAAAGAAAAAACAAAAACAAACAUAUGGGUAAAUGGAUGUACACAAAGACAAAUUAUAUUAAAAAAAUAAAAAUAAAUAAAUGUUAAGAGUAAAUAAUUAUAUUAUUAAACGUUGAACUUGAAUGUCCAAAGAAGCAAAAACACACAAAUAGGGCGAAUAAAACUUAAGUGCGCGUAAAAAAAGAAGUAAAUGUGAAAUUAAAUAUUGCAUCUAGAAAACUAUCCAGUAUUAAACGACAAAUUCCAUAAAAAUAUUUAUAGCAAAAUGCCGAACUUAAGCAGCAAAACACAAUACUUGCAAAUUAUACCAAAAAGAGUAAGUAGUCUAAUAAAUAAAAUAUUUACUUAAAAACCAAUAAAAGAAAAUAAAUUCAAUAAAAAACCACACAAACACAAACAAUGUUGAAUAUUGAUAAAUAGAAUACAUUUAUCUAAAACAUUUGUGUUGAAAUGCGCUACAAGUGUACCUGUCUUCAAACGUUACAUAAAAAAACAAAGUUUAGAAAAAAAAACACAAAAUAUCCAAGCAACCGCCGACAAAAG